ACAAAUCGGGAAAAGCUAUCCUGGGGUUUCUGCACACCGCUGUGUCCCCAUAAUGAAUGAAUCCAAGCUGGAAUGCCCAUCAAUGCCCUAUGAGGACAGCAGGAUACUGCUGGUUGUGUGCUACAGUAUUGUUUUUGCCUUAGGUUUUCCAGCAAAUUGCUUUACUACAUGGCUAACAUUUGUACAGAUCCGAAGAAAGAACGUUCUUGCCAUCUACAUUUUUGGCUUAUCGCUGUGCGAGCUGAUGUACUUGAGUACCCUGCCCCUCUGGACUACCUAUGUACAAAACAAACACAAAUGGGAGAUGGGGUCAGUGGUUUGCAAGCUAACAGGAUAUAUCUUUUUCUGCAACAUAUAUAUCAGCAUUCUGCUCUUGUGUUGCAUUUCUAUUGAUCGCUAUGUAGCAGUGGUGUAUGCUUUGGAAUCCAAGGGAGUGAGGCAUCAGAGAACUGCAAUCUUCAUCACAUCCAUUCUCUUUUCUGCGGUUUUAGUAAUCCACUGCCCAGUAUUUAUUUUACCAGAUGGCGAGCAGACUUCAAACCGUACAACCUGCUUUGAGACUUUACCACUCAACUUUCAAUUGGCUUAUUUCAACCUUGCCAGGUUCCUAGCUGGAUUUGCCAUUCCUUGCACAAUCCUCAUUUUCACAAACUACAAAAUUUUCCAAAGUACCGAAACAAGCAGCAGCUUGGGCAAACGCCAAAAAGCCAAAGUGAAGUACUUGGCUCUGGCCAUCAUCACCAUUUUUCUGAUCUGCUUUGCUCCCUACCAUUUGGUGCUCCUGAUAAGAUCCAUAAACUUUCUUUUGCAUCAGAACGGCUCAUGUGCAUUUGAACUUCGCAUAUAUUCUACUUCUGCGGCCUUUCUGUGCUUAUCCACUGCUAACAGCGUUGCUGAUCCAAUCAUCUAUGUCUUGGCUAGUGAACAUGUUAGAAAAGAUUUCUAUGAAAGUAUGACAAAAUGGAGAUAUCAGUCAUCCAUCAAUGCCAGCCUCAAGUUGAAAAAUUCAAAAGAAUCACAGGAAGUAGCACAGACAUUGGAAAAUCAAAAUUUACCAUAAUCGCCACACUUUGAAAGGAACCGUAGAGAUGUCAACCAUCAACAGUGUCUUAAUGAGGGUUCUGCUAGCAGUGUUUAAGGUGCCCCCCAAAAGAGAUGGUGGUCACGUGUUUGGGGCAUCACAACAUGGGGAUAUUGACCCAACAUUUUGAUGUGGCUUUGUCACAAUGCAUGGCCCCAGCACUAAGUUCCUGGAGGCUAUGUCGGAGGAGUGUGAAUGCCUAUCAGAUGAGGGAUCUGAUGUCUGCCUCCCAACUUACUUAAACCACAGCCCGCCAGUAUUUUCAUUCUAAACCAUGCUUUGCAAGGAGCAGCUACAGUCAAUUGACUGGUUUCCUUCAAGUCAAACUAAAACUUGACAAAUUUGUUCUCAGGCUCAAUCUUUUUCUCGUACGCUUUCAUCUUAGAAGGGGACUCUGUGGGUUCUAAUCGAGAUGGAACAUCCCAGGGUUUGCAUGCAUACAUGCAGUAGUAUUUGGGGUUAAACAUUGGAAAUGGUAGACCCAAAUUAAAGCCCUGUAAAUAUUUCUAAUAAGCUUUAGACAUUUGGUUUUAAUUUACCUGACAUCCUCAGCGGAAGGCAGAAAUCAAGAAGAGUUCCUUGCGUUCAGAGUUACCAUAAGUGACCAGCUUAGAGCAUACAGACAAAACCCCUGCAUCAAGCUAUUGUACAGGUCUGGAAUUCAUGGAAUCAUCUAUUUCAAAUGUUUGAUUCUUUGUUCAAAUCUUGUACUGUACUUGAUAAAUCUUGCAAGACGUUGUAGCAUCUAGUACAUUUAUGACUAUUUUUUAUGAUUCCUCUACAGUUUGAACUUGAACCUUAUAUCUGAAGGGUUUGGCUUGCCAUCAAUCCCUUGCAAAUAGAACUGCAGGGUCUAAUUUGGGAGCUGAUCCUUCAGUAUUAGUGUUUGGUCCAGAUCCUAGCAGAUAAGAGUCCACAGCACAGUUGGCUGCCUUAUUAACAGCAAGGGAUUGAGACGCAGAGGCUGAUCUACCUUCUGGCACUAGUUAAGAGCUCCCCAGGACAUGAUAGUGGUAUACGGGUGAGACAGUGCUGAGAAACUUUCAUUACUGCUGGCUACACUGUACCUCCGAAUAAAUGGAGAUAUGUAGUGUCCAGUGCCUUCAACCCAGCAUAUCUCAUAAGGACAAAUUAAAAACAAACAAAAAACUAAAACAAGUAAUUGUCAGAUGGCAGCACAUGGUCUGCAAUAAGAUCUCAUGCCUUUCAGACUCCUACAGUCCAUACGUAAAGUGGGCAAAAGAUGACAUGAAAUCUUAUCUUGAAACAUUCUUGGUAUUUCUUUAUUUAAAUUAGACUUUCAAUGUUCUUCUAAAAUACAGUAAUGUCAUUGUAAUUUAUUUGUACUGUUGCUCCCGUAUUUCUUUUACUUAAUUAAUGUUACCUUCUGGACUAAACCAGAAUCAGAUAUGACUGUAUAUCUACUGUAAUGUUUAUUGUAACUUUUAUUGCAAUUUAAAUGUAUCAUACUCUAUUCUUUUUUACAUUUUGAAAAAGAUAUCUUUGAGCCUGUUAUAGCAAUAAAAUAAAAACCAGCAGGAUCUUA